AUUUUUUGAUUCUCGGGGAUACAGGUUAGGCUUAGAUUUUCUUAUUCCUACAUUCCAACAUUCCGCCUCAUUCAGUUCGUUUCCCUGUCGUACCAUUUGUUCCGAAGCCAUGGUCCAUUCCCUCACGGACUAGAUUUGGAAAUACGUGAGAUGAGACAUCAUCACACCCACUCCACUUAGGAGCCUAAACAACUGCAACUGCAGCUGGAGCCAAUCAGGGAUUAGAUUGGCCAUGACGCUACACCCCAGUAUUUCUAGUUCACCGUGUGGUUGGUCUUGAGUUAUAUGGAGUACGCACAUAAUAAUGAAUCGACAGGGACGGUCCGCAACUCAUGCGCUCUCAGACUCCGGCGGACAAAGAUGGCAACAUGAAAAUCGAAGAAGAAGAAACGUGGAGUUCACUUGUUUUGUUUUGUUUUGUUCGUUGCUUGCCGCGCAAUUUUCUAGAAAGAAGGAACAUCACCAAAAUGAAGAAAGUUAAUUUCGAGGAUUUAAUUCCUAAAAACUCACCAGGAGGGUUGCAUGCUGCGAAGGUGGCAACCAUACAAGCUCGGCUCAUUAAAGAGCACCAAAUAAAAAAAGUGACUUAUGCCACUAUCUCGAGCCUCCUAUUAAAUGGGAAGUGCGAAGAAGAAGUGAUAGUUGCCAUUAGAGAAGCCAGCUUUCGAAUUAGGACUGAGGAGGUCCCGCCACCCCCACCAACAGCCACCAUGCACUACCCUGGGCCCAGCCAAGGCUGGGGGAUGCCAGGGUACAUGGUGCCCGGGGUGGCCCCUGGACACUCGGCAUGGCCAAGGCUUCCAGUGCCAAAUAUACCAAAUAUAAAAGCCCCUGAUACUGUUCAGAAUGAGGAUACGAUCAGAGAUGUUGUUAGAGCGUAUUUGGCAGAGGUAAGAGUCCUAACUGCAUAGUUUUUAGGUCCAAAAAAAUAUGUAGAAAUGAGGUAAAGAAGGUAGGCGACUGAGGCACAAAACAAAAGUAGGU